AUGACCACUCUUCAAGCUUCUCUUCUCCUGAACCUCCCACUCACUCCAACCCUCUCUUCUUCUUCUUCUUCUUCUUCUUCUUCCUCACUCAAACGUCUCCACUUCUCUCGUAAUUGUAGUCUUCUCUUUGUUCCCAAUCUCAAUGUCUCCUCAUCAAGAAACUUGAGAUUCAGCGGCCGGAACACGUCGAUUCCCUGCGCAUUGCGACCGGAGAACGCGAAUUUGGAUCAAGAACCGGGCUUUUCCGACACCCAUUUGGAUUCCGACGGUAAAGACUCGACCUUGGAUGAAAUUAACGGCGAGGAUUUGAGCACCGGUGUCGAAAACCCCGAAAGGGAGGAGCUUGAGGCGAAGGAGGAGGUGGAGUCUGGGGGUGAGGAGAGUGCGGGAGUGGUGGAGGAGAGUGGGGGAUUGGUUGGGAAGAAGAGUUGGGUUAGGUUACCAAUGGUGGUGUUCUUCAUUGGGUUGUGGGCGAGUGUGAGGAGAGGGGUUGAGAAGGCGUUGGCGUCGGAAUGGUUCAGUUGGUGGCCGUUUUGGAGGCAGGAGAAGCGGUUGGAGAGGCUGAUUGCCGAGGCCGAUGCGGAUCCUAAGGACCCGGUGAAGCAGAGUGCUCUGUUUGCUGAGCUCAAUAAGCACAGUCCUGAGUCUGUCAUCAAGCGCUUUGAACAAAGGGAUCAGGCUGUAGACAGUAGAGGAGUUGCAGAGUAUCUUCGAGCUCUUGUAGUUACUGAUGCUAUAGCUGAAUAUCUUCCAAACGAUGAAUCUGGAAAGCCUUCCAGUCUUCCUUCACUGUUGCAAGAGCUAAAACAGCGUGCAUCAGGCAACAUGGAUGAACCCUUUGUCAACCCUGGCAUAAAUGAAAAGCAACCAUUGCAUGUUUUGAUGGUUGAACCUAAAGCAUCAAACAAAUCUCGUUUUACUCAAGAGCUUAUCUCAACCAUCUUGUUCACAGUAGCGGUUGGAUUAGUCUGGUUUAUGGGUGCAGCUGCUCUCCAAAAGUACAUAGGGAGUUUGGGUGGAAUAGGUGCUUCAGGUGUUGGCUCAAGUUCUUCCUAUAGCCCAAAGGAGUUAAAUAAAGAAGUGAUUCCAGAAAAGAAUGUUAAAACAUUUAAAGAUGUCAAAGGUUGUGAUGAUGCAAAGCAAGAGCUUGAGGAGGUAGUGGAGUACCUCAAAAAUCCUACUAAGUUUACCCGCCUUGGGGGCAAGUUGCCAAAGGGAAUUCUUUUGACAGGUUCACCAGGAACAGGAAAGACAUUACUUGCUAAGGCUAUUGCCGGAGAAGCUGGGGUACCAUUUUUCUAUAGAGCAGGAUCUGAGUUUGAAGAAAUGUUUGUUGGAGUUGGUGCUCGGCGUGUAAGAUCCUUAUUUCAGGCAGCUAAGAAAAAGGCUCCUUGCAUCAUUUUCAUUGAUGAAAUAGAUGCUGUUGGAUCCACUCGGAAACAAUGGGAAGGCCACACGAAGAAGACGCUGCAUCAAUUACUGGUUGAAAUGGAUGGUUUCGAGCAGAAUGAGGGAAUAAUUCUGAUGGCUGCAACCAACUUGCCUGAUAUUCUCGAUCCAGCAUUGACCAGGCCCGGUCGAUUCGACAGGCAUAUUGUUGUCCCAAAUCCAGACGUGCGAGGUCGACAGGAAAUAUUAGAACUUUAUCUUCAAGAUAAGCCAUUAGCUGAUGAUGUGGAUGCUAAAGCAAUAGCCCGUGGCACACCUGGAUUUAAUGGGGCAGAUCUUGCGAACUUGGUUAACAUUGCUGCCAUAAAAGCUGCUGUUGAAGGGGCUGACAAGUUAACCAGUAAACAAUUAGAAUUUGCCAAGGACAGGAUAGUGAUGGGCACAGAAAGAAAAACAAUGUUUGUAUCUGAGGAAUCAAAAAAGCUCACCGCAUACCAUGAAAGUGGUCAUGCCAUUGUUGCACUGAAUACUGAGGGCGCACAUCCAAUCCACAAGGCUACAAUCAUGCCUCGUGGAUCUGCUUUGGGAAUGGUCACCCAACUCCCUUCAAACGACGAGACAUCAGUUAGCAAGAAGCAGCUAUUAGCACGUCUUGAUGUCUGCAUGGGAGGAAGAGUAGCAGAAGAGAUCAUCUUUGGUCAGGAUCAUGUCACAACCGGAGCUAGUAGUGAUUUGCACACAGCUACAGAGCUGGCCCACUAUAUGGUAUCAAGCUGCGGUAUGAGUGACACAAUUGGGCCGGUUCAUAUCAAAGAGCGACCUAGUUCCGAAAUGCAAUCUCGUAUUGAUGCAGAAGUUGUGAAAAUGUUAAGGGAAGCAUAUGAUCGUGUAAAAGCCCUCCUAAAGAAGCAUGAGAAGGCGUUACAUGCAUUGGCAAAUGCACUUUUGGAGUAUGAGACGCUUAGUUCAGAAGAAAUUAGGCGCAUUCUUCUGCCAUAUCAGGAAGGACGGCUGCCUGAGCCACAAGAAGAGCAACAAGAAGAAGGGGAUCUUGUAUUGGUUUAGACCUUUUCUCCUCUUCUGGUUUGUAACAUAUCCGACUGUCGGGGAAGAGCCUUGUACAGCGUAGUUGAAGCAUUACAAGUGGAUUAUCUAUACAACCUUCUCAAUCAUGAUCGCGUGCACUCACCAUAAAAUUUGUGUCGUAAGAGGUGAUGUAGGAGUUCUGUGUGUAUGGGCCGCAACAUCUCAAGCACCGUCAAGUCAUACUCUUGGAUGACAAGCCGAGGACGAAGAAGCUUGCACCCUUAGAAAUUAUUGUAUUAUUUGAACUUCACCUUUAGGGUGACUUUUAAAGAACUACAUUAUUGGUAUCAAAGGAAUACAAGUAGUCUAAUCUUUCUUGUGUACAAAGAAAAGCACAGUUGCUGACAAUUUAAAGCUGAAUUGUUGAAACUCUCGGCACAACUAUC